AGUUCUAGUGCAUAUCGAAAUAUGUUGGUUUUUUCUAGUGUUGUGCAAACAUUUAAGAAGAAAUCGUGAAAAGCUUUCGGGUAUUAACGUUCACUUAGAACUUUUUGUAAAAACAUGCUAGAAAUACCAAUGUCAAGAUUUAUCAACAAAUACAAAAUUUGUUAAAUUUCAAUCAUUGACGCGUCAACGGUGAAGAGUAGUAAACAAGGGUGUUAAUGCGAAAGUCGCAUAAAUUCAAGCGCUAAAUUCAAUCGUUCGACGUGAGUUAUGCUUAAACUUAGUUAAAAUACACCAAUGGACAGUACAGAGAAGCCAUUUCCUUGUAAAAUUGAUGGCUGUGAGCUGAGUUUCGCUACGGAGGACCAUUUGAUUGUGCACCGAAAGAAGCAUGAUAUGUUGUUGAAUCUGGAAAUACCCAACAAAUCCAAUCUGUUUACCGAUCAAACACCUACCCCAACCCGUCUGAUUGGAAAGUGCGAAGAGGUGGGAUUGUUUGAGGAUCUGCAAAAUGUUAAUCCAUUUGAGGAAACAUUCAGGAGAGCCGUGGAAGAGAAAAGUGCUAAAGUUGAGGGUGGUUCCAAGGAAAAAUUGCCGAUUGCAGUUCCUUCAGACGAUACUUUGCAUACGCCACAUAUAUUUCCGCUUCUUGAACGUCGUGAAAGCAUGAAACUUUCGAAGCUUGUCAUCUCAAGAACCAACUCCAGGAGGGAUGAACCUUCCACGGUGACUGAAGAUGUUCGAACUGCUCAGUCUGCACAAGCCAAUCUCGUGCACUCGACUUCUACUAAGAGACAGAUGCAAUAUGAAAACUUUGUAGCUAAAAAAACAAAAUCACUUGUUAAAAUACUACCCAAGACAACACACCCUGUACCGGUUCAGACUUCUGUGAUAAUCAUCCCAUCCAAUACCAGAACAGGUACUGUUCCAGUAAUAAAAACAAGCAAUACGUUAAAUCCUGUUAAAGCCAAGUUGAAAGAGCAUUUGAUUAAAAACCUUACGGAAGCUCCAGUCAUUUCGGAACCGAAGGUUGCUCAAGUGAAUGUUCAACCAAUCAGCCGAAACAUCACAGCUAGUGAAGAGAAAUCUAAGUUUGCAAAAGAUGUCAAAAGUGAUAAAUUUCAAAAACACGAACGAUGGAAAGCUGCUGCCAAGCGAUAUCGGGUUCGUGUGAAACAAAAUCAGGACAUACUUCAUCGAAAAAACAUUGAGCUGGCGGAAGAGAAUCAUCGUCUGAAGACUGAGGUAUCUCGCCUGAGAAAUGUACUGUCCUUACACAGAGAUUGCUCUGUCACCAAAGCGUUAACAGCUGAUGUAAAUUUGUGCACGGCCGGUUCGUCCAAAAUCAGCACAUCUUCGGUGAUAAGCAUUCCACUGCAGCAGAUAAGAGCUUCCCAUGUCAUUGAAAAUCCUGCGGGGGAUCAAAAAUCAGUAUUUAUUGUUUUAGACAGAUCUGGAACAGUACCGACGAGUUUACGUACUAUAAAACAUGAAUAGCUCUGGAUCAGCAAAUUAAAAAGUUAAACGUCGCGAAUUUUUUUUUCAAAUGUAAGGAAACCAUCGUUUCUUAAUCAUCGGCACAUGUUAGUAGUCUAGUCUAGUUAACGAAUACAUACUAAGUACAGUUGUGAUUCGCUGGUUAGUCAAUUUUUAACUGAACCGCUUGUUAGAAGUUGGACCUCCGCUAGUUGGACCAUUGCCACCAUUGGCAUGGGAAUGCCAAAAUCUCAUGUUAUAUUAGCUCUGUUAAUAGUUAAAGAUGUGAAUAGGUACAUUUGCACAACCAACGUCUCGAUUAGAAUGCUGUGACAUUAGUCAGUCGCACCAACCUGGGACCAGUGUGAGCCAGAAUGAGAAAGCAUGUCAGUAAUACGUGAACCAGAAUGAGAGCAUAUGUGAGCAGAAUGGGAAACGAAAAAUGAAAAAGAAAACAUCUAUCCGCAUGUGCCGUCCUAGGGUCCAACUGGCGAAUCAAACUCGUUGGACAGAGGGUGUGGCCCAACCAGCAAAUCACGACUGUAUAGUAAUAUAGUAUCGCCAAAAUAAGCAGACAUGCUUAUUUUAGCGACACUAUAUUACUAAAUCAAAAAGGAUAGGAAUACAUAUUUGCAAUAAAAUUUUCCAUACAAA